AUGACGCCUCCCUCGCUGGAUCUCUUCUACCUGACGUUCAACGCCGCCAAAGCCUUCAUCUCGGUUCCCGUCUUCGGGAAGCACAUCUACGAUGCCUUCAAGCAAGAUGGCGCCGCCUCCCUCCCCGAGCUUGUCGUGCUCUCUCUGCAGGAGAUGGCGCCCUUCACGGACGCUUUCAGAGGCGCCUACUUCCUGAACCCCUACUUUGCUUGCUUCGAGUCGGCUGUCAACGUCGCAGCCGCCAAGUUCAUCUCGGACGAAGCCCGCGCCCACCGCCACCAAGACACGCCCUACACCCUGGUAAAGACGGGCAAUGUUGGCAUGACCGGCAUCAUGCUGUUCGCCAGAGACCCGACCGCCGUGGCCAAGAUCCGAACGGCCGAGGUCGGCUUCGGGGCCGGCGAGAUGGCGAACAAGGGUGCCGUUGGCCUGCGUUUCCUGUUCAGGAAGCAGGGCAAUGAGACCGAGCUCACGCUGGUGAGCACGCACCUCGCCGCCAUGGAGUGGAACCUGGAGCGCAGGAACCGCAACUGGGCAAGUGUUGUCAGCGGGCUCGUCUUUGAUGACCCGAAGAAGAUAGUCAAGGAAGAGCAGAAUGCACAUACCGGGGGCCGGGGUGAGUCCCAGCCGCUGUUGAUCCAUCCGACAACAGAGAAGGCUUUGCACGACAUCAGCAUUUACAAGCCUGGCAGCCAUCUUUUCGUCGCCGGGGACUUGAAUUAUCGCCUGUCCAAAACGUCGCCCCCCUCCGAUGCGACCUUCCCAGUCCUCGACCCGGACAGCGAGGACCACUACCCUCGGUUCCUAGCCCGGGACCAGUUGACUGCUGAAAAGGCCGCCGGGAGAACCUUGCAUGGGCUCUCCGAGGCUCCUAUCCAUUUCCCACCGACAUAUAAGAUCGUCCGUGACAAGCGCCCACCCAAGAAGGACAUCUCUGGCAUUGGACAAGGAGUGGACGAGAACGAAGAAGUCAAGUGGUCAUUUGCUGAGCACCGAUGGCCUGGGUGGUGCGAUCGUGUCCUGUACCUAGACACGCCAGAGGGACUCCGAGACGCACCCAAGAUCGACGUCCUUGCGUACAAGUGCCUUCCAGUUGUGCGAUCCAGCGAUCACAGGGCCGUCUACCUACGCGCGGAGGUCCCAGUCCUGUCGCCCUCGCAGCUGCUACCACCGGAAGGUACGCCUGAUACUGACCCGCGCAUAACAUUACCAGUGGGCAUCGAGAUCGAGUCUUGGGAACAUCGGGCCCAAGUCAAGAAGUUUGAGUACCUCCUUGGAUGGAGCAUGAAGAUCUCCCAGUCGAAGCAAGGCAUCAUGCUCUUCUUCACGGUGCUUUUGGUCGGACUUGGCGCCUGGUGGUAUGGACGAUCCUCAUAG